GAGAAGUGGUGAGCGCGGCUGUGACAGCAUGACUUUGGAGGCGAUCCGCUACUCGCGGGGCUCACUACAGAUUCUCGACCAGCUGCUGCUGCCCCAGCAGAGCCGCUAUGAAGCGGUGGGCUCGGUGCGCCAGGCCUGGGAAGCCAUCCGUGCUAUGAAGGUGCGCGGCGCCCCAGCCAUUGCCCUCGUGGGCUGCCUCAGCCUCGCCGUGGAGCUGCAGGCGGGCGCCGGGGGACCUGGCCUUGCCGCACUCGUGGCCUUCGUCCGGGACGCGCUGAGCUUCCUUGUCACCGCCCGGCCCACCGCCGUCAACAUGGCCCGCGCCGCGCGGGACCUGGCCGACCUCGCGGCCCAGGAGGCGGAGCGGGAGGGCGCAACGGCGGAGGCGGUCCGAGAGAGAGUGAUCUGCUGGGCCGAGGACAUGCUGGAAAAAGACCUCCGGGACAAUCGGAGCAUCGGGGACCUGGGAGCCCACCACCUCCUAAAGCGGGCAGCACCCCAGGGUGGCAAGGUGACCGUGCUGACCCACUGCAACACUGGUGCGCUGGCCACUGCUGGCUAUGGCACAGCCCUAGGUGUGAUCCGCUCACUGCAUAACCUGGGCCGUCUCGAGCACGCCUUCUGCACGGAGACCCGGCCCUACAACCAGGGAGCCCGGCUGACGGCCUUCGAGCUGGUCUACGAGCAGAUCCCCGCCACCCUCAUCACUGACAGCAUGGCGGCAGCCGCCAUGGCCCACCGAGGCGUGUCAGCUGUUGUCGUGGGAGCUGACCGUGUGGUUGCCAAUGGUGACACAGCCAACAAAGUGGGCACCUACCAGCUAGCCAUCGCGGCCAAGCACCACGGCAUCCCCUUCUAUGUGGCUGCCCCCAGCUCCUCAUGUGACCUCCGCCUAGAGACAGGCCAGGAGAUCAUCAUUGAGGAGCGUCCCGGCCAGGAGCUGACCGACAUCAAUGGGGUCAGGAUAGCGGCACCAGGAAUUGGAGUUUGGAAUCCUGCCUUUGAUGUCACCCCCCACGACCUCAUCACUGGCGGCAUCAUCACAGAGCUGGGCGUCUUUGCCCCCGAGGAGCUCCAGGCAGCCCUUAGUGCCACCAUCUCCUGAGUGGAACACCCUAGAUGGACCCCAGAAAUAACCAGCCUAGCUCUCCAUAGCUUCCAUAUGCCCUCCAUA